CUAGAGUGGGCAAAGGGGUACGCUCUUAAAUGUUGCUUCAGCAGACGGCCUGAUAGCUGAAGUGUCCGAGCUCAUGCAGGAAAGUCGCACCCAUGGUCGGCAUGCACAACCAGCCAGUUCCGGUUACCAGGCUCCAUUGACUUGGACUGGAGCAAUGGGGGCUCCUCAUUAUCAAAUCACCGGAGAGCAACUGAGGUUUCUCAUGUCCUGUGCUUUCAGCCUCUCUCAGAUGGCCGAGAUCCUCCAUGUGUCCCGUUCCACAGUCAAACGGCGCCUACGACGCUUGAAUCUUUCACAGGCGGGGCGUUUUUCAGACUUGUCAGACACUGCUCUGGACGAUAAGGUCAAGGAUCUGGUGGCUGGGAACGACAGACUUGGACCGGAGUCCGUCCGAGCACAACUGAGGGCAGAGGGAAUCCGGGUGCAGAGACGCAGAGUGAGGGAUAGCAUGCUUCGCGUUAAACCGAGGGCGGCUGCCCUCAGAGCCAUGUCGCAGAGGCUGCACAGAAGGUCCUACCGUGUCGCUGGUCCAAAUUCUUUAUGGCACCUGGAUGGAAACCACAAACUGAUAAGGUGGAGGAUAGUCAUCCACGGUGGCAUUGAUGGCUACAGUCGCCUUGUUGUGUUUCUCCGUGCUUCCAGCAACAAUCGCAGCAGUACGGCUCAGGACGGGGAGGCUCAAGACGGGGUGGCAGGGACACCUGUUGUUCACUGGAUAGAGAGAGUGACCAUACCUCCAAACCGGUUUACUUUGGGAAAUGCUCUCAUGCAAGUACUUGCCGCACAAAUCAAUCCCCUCGGAGGCCUCAGAACAGCCCUUGGAAUGGACAUCCUGCAAGAGGUCAUUUCUUUCCUGGAGUCCUCAAAUGACCAAUAA